AUGAUUUCUUUGUCUGCCAUGUUCCCUGAGCCUGCAUCCUUGUGGGGUCAGGAGGCCAAAAGUGACCCCUAUGCUGGCAAGAAUGGCAGUGUGAGAGGCCAAGUAGAAUCCAAGCAACACCACCAAGGCCAUCCUGAUGACUCUGGGCAAUUCUGCUGUUUGAUGAUUUGUGGUCGUUUCUCUAAUAAGGUCAUCACAGCUGAGCUGGACUGUGGGGAGGCUGUAGCAGUAUUGCAUAAUGCUCAUUUUGGAGAGGGAUCAGGACCAAUCUGGAUGGAUAAUGUGGCCUGCAGUGGAUCAGAGUCUACACUGAAGAACUGUACAUCAGCAGGAUGGGGCAAACAUAACUGUCUUCAUUCUGAAGAUGCUGGAGUCAUCUGCUCAGGUCAUGUGACCAGACUAGUUGAUGGAUUUAACUUGUGUUCUGGGAGACUAGAGCUUCUACGUGGAAACCAGUGGGGCACGGUGUGUGAUGCUGCCUUUGACCAGCAAGAUGCAGAGGUUGUGUGUCGAGAGCUGGGCUGUGGGGCUCCUGGAGAAAUUCUGGGAGCAGCAGGUUUUGGCAGAGGGGAGGGCCAUGUGUUGUCAGAUGAGUUUCAGUGUGGAGGAAAUGAAUCUGAGAUUUUCCUUUGUCCAAAACUACCUUCACAAAAACAAAACUGUUCUCACGAUAAUGAUGUGGGACUUACAUGCACAGUUUACACAGAGUUCAAACUGGUUGGAGGCCCUGACUCCUGUGCUGGUCGUGUUGAGCUGCGGUACCUGAAUGAGUGGGGCACAGUGUGUGAUGUAUCAUGGAACAAGAGAGCUGCCAGUGUCCUCUGUAGACAGCUGAAUUGUGGGAGUGCUCUGGGUGUCGUGGCGUUGGACCGUUUUGGAGAGGGGAGUGGCCACAUUUGGUCUGAUGUGUUUGACUGCCAGGGGAAUGAGACCCACCUGUCAGAAUGUGUCAUCUCCUCAUGGAGUCGAGCUUCAUGUUCUCAUGAACAGGAUGUUGGAGUCAUCUGCUCUGAUUCCUCAAAGUCUCUUCAGGAUAGAAUGCUGCGGACCAUUGGAGAGAGAGAAUGUGAGGGAGAAGUUGAGCUUUAUUACCGUCAGGCCUGGAGGAGAGUUCUGUUGAACUCUUUUGGUUUCCCUGAAGCCUCAGUGGACUGCAGACAGUUGGGUUGUGGCUCUGCUGUAAAGUUCUGGACCUCCUCUCCAUCCAGCAUCAAAGGCACUGAACUGUGUCUGAAAGAUUUUUCAUGCACUGGGAAUGAACCUCAUGUAUAUCAAUGCAGAAGCAGUGGUGGAUCAGACUGCAGUCACAGUGAAUAUGUGUCAGUCAUCUGCUCUGGUGAGACACUCUAGUGAUCUAAAAUGAUAGAUCUAAUAUCGUCCCUCAGGCUGGUGGGUUCUGGGAGUGACUGUGCAGGGAGACUGGAGAUUUUUCACAAAGACUCAUGGGGAACAGUGUGUGAUGAUUCCUGGGAUAUUGAGGAUGCCCAGGUUGUGUGCAGACAGCUCCAGUGUGGAGAGCCCCUGAGUGCCCCAGUUCCAGCCUGGUUUGGUCCUGGAACUGGACCCAUAUGGCUGGAUGAGGUGGAGUGCCUGGGGAAUGAGACGUCCCUGUUGAGUUGUUCUUCAAAGAGAUGGGGACAACAUGACUGUGGACACAGUGAAGAUGUGGGAGUGGUGUGUUCAGAGUUUAAAGAGGUCAGACUUACUGAAGGCUGCUCAGGGAACCUGGAGGUAUUUUAUAAUGGGACCUGGGGUAAUGUCUGCAUGAACCAGAUGGACUCAGACACAGCCUCUUUAAUCUGCCAAGAGCUGAACUGUGGAAAGAGUGGCAGUGUUGACUGGGCCAGACCAAGAGUGGCUUCAGCUCCAAACUGGCUUGAUUUAAUGAAAUGCAGACCACAUGACGUCACUCUGUGGCAGUGUCCAUCUUCACCCUGGGGUCAGAAUGAAUGCACUGAUGUGGAAGUGGCUCAAAUUACCUGUUCAAAAGAAAAAAGUUCCAACCCACGAAGUCAUUUGACAUGUUCAGCAUCUACAGCCCAGAGGCCAUGUUCAGACCGUCUACCCCUCAGACUGAUGGGGGGAGAGGGCCAGUGCUCUGGGAGGCUGGAGGUUUAUCAUAACGGUACCUGGGGCUCAGUCUGUGAUGAUCUGUGGGACAUGAGGGAUGCUCAGGUGGUGUGCAGGCAGCUGGGCUGUGGUCAGGCCCUGAGGGCUGAUGGGAGUGUUGUCUCUGGUCAUGGAGAGGACACUGUGUGGCUGAGUAGAGUGGAGUGCAGAGGCAGUGAGUUCCAGCUGUGGGACUGCUCUCUCUCCCUGAAGAACCACACUGACUGUUCCAAAGAGAGACACGCCCAGGUCACCUGUACAGUUGUUACCAUACGGACCAUGACCUCAAAGACUCUGUCUCCAGUACCACGUCAUUCUGCUCCCUUGGCGGUUUUCCUGGUUCUGGGAACACUGCUCCUACUGCUGGUGGUGCUUCUGGUUGUGAUGUUUUACCAGAAUAGAGCAAUGAGGAGAGCCCUUUCCAAGAGGAAACACAUGACUGUGUCUGAAGUGGUCUAUGAGGAGAUUCAUGACAGAUUCAUGACUAAAAGAACCAGCAACACUGUUCAGAGGGGGGGAAAUGAGGAGGAGGUUACACCAGAGGACGAGGUUACACCAGAGGAUUAUGAUGAUGUUGAGUCUGUUGGAGAUGUUCAGCAAAAUGUUCAGAAUAUGUCCACAUACGUGUCCAACUGUCACCUUAAACAUGCCCUGGACAGAACUGAGUUCACCUGCUUUCCCAUUAAACCCACUCUACUGCAGAACCUCUCCAUACAGACAAACAACCCCUCCCACAACACCAAGAACCUCAGAUUUGUUCCUGACAAACUUUUUUGGGUAAAUCACGGCUACAACAAAAACUUGCUGUUUUCUCCCCAACAUCGGGAAGAUCUGGCCAUUACUGAUUAA